AGAGGGCACAAUCUCCAUGAAAACCCUUUUUCUACGACUCGUACCCACAAGGAAUCAGCGAUUCCUCGUUCAGUCCUCGCAACAUAUAAGCUACCCAAUACUUUAGUCCUUUUUAUCUCAAGCUUUCUCUUCAAGCACACCCAUCUCUACAAGGGUUUUGGUGGUUCCGCCAGAACUUUGAUUGUGUCAAUGGCGGGAGGUGGUUCUACUGCCAAGUCGAACUCUACAACCAGCGUUCGGAUCGUUGUUGCCGGUGACCAUGGCACCGGUAAGUCCAGCUUGAUCAUCACCGCUGCUGCGGAGGCUUUUCCGGCAAAUGUCCCUCCGGUGUUGCCUCCUACCAGGUUGCCGGAGGAUAUGUUCCCUGACCGUGUCCCCGUUACAGUCAUUGAUACGUCUUCCAGUUUGGAGAAUAGAGGUAAACUUGCUGAUGAACUGAAGAGAGCAGAUGCAGUUGUUCUUACCUAUGCGUGUGACCAGCCUUCGACACUUGAACGGUUGAGUACGUUCUGGCUUCCUGAACUUCGACGGUUAGAGGUAAAGGUUCCUGUUAUAGUGGCAGGUUGUAAGUUGGAUCUAAGGGACGAGCAACAAGCAGUCAGUCUGGAGCAGGUGAUGUCACCUAUAAUGCAACAGUUUCGGGAGAUUGAAACUUGUAUUGAAUGUUCAGCAUACAAACAUAUUCAGAUCCCAGAGGUGUUCUACUAUGCCCAGAAGGCGGUGCUUCAUCCAACAGCCCCACUAUUCGAUCAGGAGGCACAAACUUUGAAACCCAGAUGUGUCAGGGCUUUAAAGAGAAUAUUUAUUCUAUGUGAUCAUGAUAGAGAUGGUGCUCUAAGUGAUGCAGAGUUGAAUGAUUUCCAGGUCAAAUGUUUUAAUGCUCCACUGCAACCCUCGGAAAUAGUGGGUGUAAAAAGAGUUGUACAAGAAAAACUGCCUGAAGGAGUCCAUGAGAAUGGCCUUACAUUAACAGGCUUCCUUUUCCUUCAUGCACUAUUUAUUGAAAAAGGUCGUCUAGAGACAACAUGGACAGUCCUAAGAAAAUUUGGUUACAACAAUGAUAUAAGGCUUGGCGAUGAUCAGCUGCUUUCUCCAAUUAAAAGAACUCCUGAUCAGAGUGUGGAGCUGACAAGUGAAGCUGUGGAAUUCCUCAGAGGUGUUUUCUCCUUGUUUGACAUCGAUGGUGAUGGGGCUCUUAAUGCACAUGAGCUUGAGGAUGUUUUUUCUACUGCACCAGAAAGCCCUUGGAGUGAAGCGCCAUAUGUGAAUGCGGCAGAGAAAAAUGCAUUGGGAGGGUUAUCACUUGACGGUUUUUUGGCAGAGUGGGCUCUUAUGACACUUCUAGAUCCAGUUCUUAGUGUUGAGAACCUCAUAUACAUUGGAUAUGCUGGUGAUCCUUCUUCUGCAGUAAGAGUUACUCGGAGAAGACGCGUUGACCGCAAGAAGCAACACUCAGACCGAAAUGUCUUCCAGUGCUUCGUUUUUGGACCAAAAGAAGCGGGAAAGUCGUCGUUGUUGCAUUCUUUUGUUGGAAGACAGUUUUCUGAAGUAUAUACACCAACCACCGAGGAGCGAUAUACAGUUAAUAUUGUUGAUCAGCCUGGUGGAACAAAGAAGACUUUGAUUUUGCGCGAGAUACCUGAGGAUGCUAUUGGAAACUUUCUGAGUCAUAAGGAUGCUUUGGCAAUGUGUGAUAUAGCAGUUUUUGUCCAUGACAGUUCGAACGAGUCUUCGUGGUUAAGAGCAACAGAAUUGCUUGUUCAAGUUGCGAGUCAAGGGGAAUCUACUGGGUAUGAGGUUCCUUGCCUCAUUGUUGCAGCUAAAGACGACCUUGAUCCUUAUCCAACUGCAAUACAAGAUUCAACAAGGGUUAGUCAGGAUAUGGGAAUAGAGGCUCCGAUACCUAUAAGUGCAAAGUUGGGUGACUUUAAUAACAUAUUUCGGAGAAUCGUUAGAGCAGCAGAACACCCUCAUUUAAGCAUUCCUGAGACGGAAGCUGGGAAAACUCGAAAACAGUAUCACAGGCUUCUUAACCGUUCCCUAAUGGUUGUUUCAGUGGGAGCCGCAGUCGCGAUUGUUGGGCUAGCUGCGUACCGUGUUUAUGCUACAAGGAAGAAUGCCUCAUCUUGAAAGCACUGUUUUGAAGGAUCCAAACUUUGUUUUCUUACAUUUUAUUAUAUAUAUAUUUUUUCUGUUUUGUUAAGUGCGUGUAAAGGACGUGUUGCUAGCUUUGUUUGUGACGGUCGUCCUAAUGCGUUACCCGUGCUUCUACCAGUAAUUUAAGAAAAAAGCAAAUUGGUACUCU